AUGCGGAAUGGCAAGCCGGAGCACAGGGUGCAUGGCACUUUAGUGCCUGAACUGCACAUGGACAACAUAACGAGGAUAUUCGACCUAGGGUUAGCAAAGAUGAAAGACCUCUUCCUCGAAUUCCAGAAAGAACGUGAUCCUGCCGUCAAUAGUUCUGCUCUAGAAAAUUUCGUUUCCGAACUGUUCCCCAUUGAGUGGGAUCUUAGCGCGCUGGGAGUCAUGUCUGCAGUGGAUCUCACUGCCCACUUGUGUUAUGUCGGUUGGCAUGCGGUUUGUUUCAGGGAUGCGAAGCAUUCCCGUGAUUCGUCUUAUGUCCCCUCGGAAUCAGAGGACAAUAGCUCCGUCUCUGGGGCAAAUAACACCAACAAUGAUCAACCUACCAGUGCAAGCACCCCAAAAACCCCUCGUGUUCCCUCCGAGGACGUAUUCAGAAUGAUUAUGGUAGGUCCCAGCAAGUCCAAUUCUACUGUGACACCCGUGGCGGGUACCAGCACCAAACCCUUGAACAUUGCUGCGACGAUACUUGCAAUCACGUUGAGCGCUGAGUACGGCGUCAGCAAGCAUGAGGAAUGGUACGAGCGCCUGGGCAGAUGGCAAGAGGCACUUAACACGUACGAGAAGAAAGCUCAAGAGGAUCCAGACUUACUCGAGCCAGAGUUAACAUCCUUUGUUGGAGAAGGAUAUGGCCAGUCUCACAACACUCUUGUUCGCGCACAGGUGCUCUCGGAGCUGGAGGAGAUUAUUGUGUAUAAACAGUAUGCAGAUCAAACCGACCACCAGGCAGCAAUGCAAAAGACUUGGAUGAAGAGAGCCCUUGUCCUCAACCCAGAAGAUGAUCCUGUUAUGUGGAUCAAAUUUGCGAACCUUUGCUGCAAGUCAGACCGUAUGGUAUUGACAGAGAAGACGAUCAAUUCAUUGCUUUCACCGGAAAGGCAUCUCCGAGACGACCAGCACUUGAAAGCUCCUCUAAACAUACAUAACUCAAAUGUGGAAACUAAGGAUCACUCACAAAGAUCUGGUGUUGGUAAAGCUAAGCUGGAAGAACUCUCACGUCUUCUCGCUCGUUGUUACUUUAAACAGGGGCAAUGGCAAGUAGAACUGAAGGAAGAUCGGGGCCCUGUACCUGGUCAGCGGAACGUCAAAGACAUACUGCAUUCGUACCUUCUGGCAACCCACUAUGAUCCUAAUUGGUAUAAGGCCUGGCGUACAUGGGCGCUAGCUAAUUUCGAGGUCAUUGGCCAUCUCGAGAGUCAAAAGGAAAGCAUGGCUGCCAACAUCCCCGGGAGUGGGCUUGCUGCCCACACCGUUCCUGCUCACUCUGAAAUAGGGUUCUUUCGCUCGAUCGGCCUCCGAAAUGAGAACACUUUACAAGAUACUCUUAGGUUGCUCACGCUGUGGUUCAAGUUUGGCACACACGACUAUGUCAGUCAGGCCAUGGCCAACGGCUUCUCCAUGGUUGAGGUUGAUAUGUGGUUGGAAGUCAUUCCUCAGAUCAUUGCCUGCAUCCAAACUCCAAGCAUCAAUGUGCGGCGAAAUAUCAACAACCUUCUUACCGAAGUCAGAAAGUACCACCCCAGGCUCUCAUAUAUCCUUUGA